CGCUCUGGGGGGCCGGUUGCGAUGUGAGACCCAGGCAUUAGGGGGCGGGCGGACCCCAUUCAAAGAGGAGGGUGCUGCGCCAUGUUUGCCGGGCUGCAGGACCUCGGAGUGGCUAACGGGGAAGACUUGAAAGAGACUCUGACCAACUGCACGGAGCCGCUGAAGGCCAUCGAGCAGUUCCAGGUGCGUGGGCCUCCCUCCGUCCCUCCCGUGGCCCUGGAGGCUUAACCUUUGAGGCACCGGCUAAAGAUGGUGUGGUUGCAUCUUUGUGUUCCCGCGCAAGCCUCGUAUAAAAAAGAAAGAAAGGUGCCUCUCGGAGCAUGUGCAGAGUGCAGUCACGCUCUCGCGUAGGAAACGGCCGUAUGGCGAUGCCCGGUUGUUGUUGUUUUUAAAUGCAAACCGCAUACAAAACAAAACAAGCAAACACCCAGUAUGCAGAAAUUGCUUUGGGGUGCAAUUCUAGGCACACUUACCUAGGAAUAGGUCCUACUAGUGGUUAGGAGCGAUAGACUCAUAAUCUGGGGGACCAGGUUUGUGUCUCCGCUCCUCCACAUGCAGCUGCUGGGUGACCUUGGGCUAGUCACACUUCUUUGAAGUCUCUCAGCCCCACUCACCUCACAGAGUGUUUGUUAUUGGGGAGGAAGGGAAAGGAGAAUGUGAGCCGCUUUGAAACUCCUUCGGGUAGUGAUAAAGCGGGAUAUCAAAUCCAAACUCUUCUUCUUCUUGACAAUUAAGUCUCUUUCGAGCAGGAGUGGGAAACUUUGUCAAGCCAAGGGCCGCUUUCCUUUCUGGUCAACCUUCUGGGGGCCACAUGCCAGUGGUGGGCAGGGCCAGAUGCAAAACUGAGUGGGACAAAAAUUAUAAAAAUUACCUUUGUACAGUAGACUAGUUUCUGCACACAUUUGAACGUCCCUCUCCAAUAUGUAAAGGGACGCGGGUGGCGCUGUGGGUAAAACCUCAGUGCCUAGGACUUGCCGAUCGCAUCGUCGGCGGUUCGAAUCCCCGCAGCGGGGUGAGCUCCCGUCUUUCGGUCCCAGCUCCUGCCCACCUAGCAGUUCGAAAGCACCCCUAAGUGCAAGUAGAUAAAUAGGUACUGCUUUAUAGCGGGAAGGUAAACGGCGUUUCCGUGUGCUGCGCUGGUGCAUGCUUGCCAGAGCAGCUUCGUCACGCUGGCCACGUGACCCGGAAGUGUCUCCGGACAGCGCUGGCCCCCGGCCUCUUAAGUGAGAUGGGCGCACAACCCUAGAGUCGGACACGACUGGCCCGUACGGGCAGGGGUACCUUUACCUUUUACCUCCAAUAUGUAGGCAAGUAAGAGGCAUUGUCAGAUAGUAAUAAUUUAUUACCUACCCUUUGCGAUCAGGACCUAGGGGACACUGUAAUGAAUUCUAAGGGCCAGAUAGAGAUCCCCACCCUUUGCUUUAGAGAUAUGAGAUCUGCAGCAUGCUACCUUGACACAGUUUGUGUAUGACAUUGACAGACAGAAAAUGGCAUCCUCCUGCCCACUCUUCAGUCCGCCCUGCCAUUCCUGGACCUCCACGGCACCCCCAGGCUUGAGUUCCACCAGUCUGUGUUUGACGAGCUGAGGGAGAAGCUGCUGGAGAGGGUCUCAGCCAUCGCCUCUGAAGGAAAGGUUGAUGAAAGGUAUGUUUGGAAUACUUCUGUGGGGAAGGACAUUUUCCUGUUCUUUUUGUAGAUUAUCCGGAGCUUUGGGCUGGGCUGUCACCAAUAUGCUGAUGACACUCAGCUCUAUCUGCUGAUGGAUGGCCACACUGACUCGGCCCCGAACACACUGACCAGAUGCUUGGAAGCUGUGGCUGGAUGGUUUCGUGGGAGCCAAUUGAAACUAAAUCCUUCGAAGACAGAGGUCCUAUGGCUGGGUCGGGAUGGCAUAGGGAUGAGGGACCAACUCCCUUCUCUUGCGGGGGCCCAAUUAGUGCCAUUGCCUUCCGUUAAGAGUUUGGGUGUAAUCCUUGGCGCCUCCCUUUACAUGGAGGCGCAGGUUACAGCAACAGCCAAGGCGACAUUUUUCCACCUUCGCCGCAUCAAGCAGUUGGUCCCUUACCUUUCCCGCCCCGACCUGGCCACAGUGAUCCAUGUGACUGUCACCUCCAGGCUUGACUACUGUAAUUCGCUCUACGCGGGGCUGCCCUUGAAGCUGUCCCAGAAACUCCAGCAGUGCAGAAUGCUGCAGCAAGGCUCCUCACGGGGUCUCUGCCAUGGGAGCAUAUUCACCUAGUUCUUUUCAAGCUGCACUGGCUCCCAGUGGAGUACAGGGUCAGAUUUAAGGUGCUGUUUUUGACCUUUAAAGCCCUUCACGGCCUAGGAUCCUCGUACCUACGGGACCGCCUCUCCUGGUAUGCCCCACGGAGAGCUUCAAGGUCCAUAAAUAGCAACACCCUAGUGGUCCCGGGCCCUAAGGAAGUUAGAUUGGCUUCAACCAGAGCCAGGGCCUUUUCAACUCUGGCUUCGGCCUGGUGGAACACUCUGCCUCAUGAGACCAGGGCCCUGCAGGACCUGAUUUCUUUCCGCAGGGCCUGUAAGACAGAGUUGUUCCACCUGGCCUUUGACUUGGAGCCAAUUUGAUUCCCUCCCUCUCUUUCUUUUUUCCUUUCCUUCUCUUCCUGCGAUGAGGCUACAUUUUAAUAUUUUAAUGUUUCAUUAUUUUAAUGUUGUAUUUUUUUUUUAUUUUUAAGUUGUAAUCAUUCAACUUGUUUUUAUUAUUGCUUGUAAGCCGCCCUGAGCCCAGCCUUGGCUGGGGAGGGCGGGGUAUAAAUAAAAAUUAUUAUUAUUGUAGUAGUGCUAAACAUGUGGCACUGUGGGUUAAACCACAGAGCCUAGGACUUGCUGAUCAGAAGGUCGGCAGUUUGAAUCCCUGUGACAGGGUGAGCUCCAGUUGCUUGGUCCCUGCUCCUGACAACCUAGCAGUUCAAAAGCACGUCCAAGUGCAAGUAGAUAAAUAGGUACCGCUCCGGCGGGAAGGUAAACGGCGUUUCCGUGCACUGCUGUGGUUCGCCAGAAGCGGCUUAGUCAUGCUGCCCACAUGACCCGGAAGCUGUAUGCCGGCUCCCUCGGCCAAUAAAGCGAGAUGAGCGCCGCAACCCCAGAGUCAGUUAUGACUGGACCUAAUGGUCAGGGGUCCCUUAACUUUAAACAUGUUCUGCAUGCCUCUCUUAUCCCACACUCCAGAUACAAGAAGCUGGAAGACCUCCUGGAGAAGAGUUUUCCCUUGGUCAAGGCGCCAUCAAUCCAACCUGUGGUGAUGUGUGUCAUGAAACACCUGCCCAAGGUACACUGAAUCACUAGCAUUCAAUUUUUGGCAUUGCCUGAUUUUGGGGAAGGCUGCCUAUGCCUAGAAAUUGGUAUUGGGCCUAGGAUUCUGUGUUCUCAUGGGGAUGGAUUGUAGCUCAGUGUCAGAAACAUAAGAAGCUUCCUUAUAUUGAGUCUGGUUGAAUUAGUCCAUCUAACUUAGUAUUGUUUAUGCUGACUGGCAACAGUUCUCCAGGUUUUCAGGCCAGAGUCUUUCCCAGCCCUUCUUGAAGAUUCUGGGGAUUGAACCUGGGACCUUAUUUGUGCAAAGCAGAUGCUCUACCAAUGAGCUGUGACUCUUCUAGAGCAUCUGCUUUGCAAAUAUAUCUGGGACGUCUUGAAAGGCAGCCAAGAAGUUUCUUUCGUAGAAAAUAUAACAAGGCAUUGCAUCGCAUAAAAAAAUACAGCAGUAACUACAAUAAAAAGUCAGUAACGUUAACAGUAAAAACUUGUGUGUAUUACAAAGACCAGUUUUUGCCAGGCACAGGUGCCCCUUAUUAAUCUUCCAAGGCCAGAGAAUUAAAAUUGAUGGGAAGCAGGUGGUUCCUCCCUCAAGAUAAUGAGGGGUGGGAGUUCACUGUCUUGAAGGUUCCAUCAGUUGAGCAUCAUGAUUGGUUACAUCAAGUCAUGGGAUUGGGGCCAGUUUUGCUUAAAUCUGACGGGUUAUCUUCCUUCUCGUGCUGUAGUUAUGCUGCUGAAUUGAAAACUGAUACUCUGCGUAGCUGCGUAAGUGUUUGUUCACUUGUUAGCCAGAUAAGAAAGCUCUGAUGUUUUUUAAGCUUCCAAGUUACUUUACUUUGUGCUGUUACCAUAAAUCUUUUUUUAACCCUGUAGCUUUCCUUUAAUAGAACUUUAAAAUAUUUUUAUAAAGAAGUUUGUUCUUUUUUAAUGUAUUUUUAUUGAAGAUUUUCUUGAUUUACGAAGGUAUGUGCAGUGUCUCUCUCUCUCUUUCUCUCGUAUUUUUUUCCCAUGUAACGCUUUUUUUUUUUUUUUUUUUUACAAAUCGGUUUCAUUUGUUGAGACAUUAGGAAGAAUAGGGGGAAAGAGGUGGAGGGGGGGAAAGAUGAGUGGGGGUGGGGUUGAGUGGUGAUGUUUCUAUUUUACUUAAUAUAUGUGGGGUUUUGUGUCAGCGUUGCUUGUGCGGGUUCUCUGCUGUUCACUUGUGUUCCUUUGGUGGUGAGAGACGUUGGGGUUGGCCUAGGGUGUGGCUGUUCGUUUGUGGUUGGCUGCGGUGGUCUUUGUUUUCAUGUGUGAGUAGGGUGCGUGAGUGUUUUGGAUCAGGUUAGUCAUAUUGAUUUGUAUACUGUUGGUGGAUUUUCGUCAUUGUCUUGUUGGGCUCUGUAUGUGAUAAAGGGGAGCCAUACCGGGGUGAAGGCAUCUUCUUCUAUUUGUCCCCGUGUCAGUUUGUUUAUUGGUUAAUUUUUCUAGUAAGGCUGUUUCCUAUACUAUUUGGUACCAUUGGUCUCUCCAGUGUCUGGUUAUGAAGUUUCUGGCUGCUGAGAGUAGGUGGGUUAUGAGUUCUUUGUGGUGUAUGUGGGCAUUAUUGUCUUGGAAGAUGUUUAGUAGGGCCAUUUCUGGGGUGAUUUGUAAUACUUGCUUGGUUAUUUUACAUAUUUCUCUUAUGACUGUUGCCCAGAAUAGUUGGAUUUUGGGACACUCCCACCCACCACAUGUGGAGAUAUGUGCCUGUAGAGGUGCACCCUCUCCAGCAUUUUGGUGAGGUUCCUGGGCAUAUUAGUGCUAGUUUUCUUGGUGUUAGGUACCACCUGUAGGUGAUUUUCAGAGUGAGUUCUUUUCUUUUUGUUGAUAUGGAUUUAAAGGGGGGUUUAGACCACAUUCUGGUCCAUUGAGUGGGGUUAAUCUUGUAGCCUAUGUCAUCCUCUCAUUGUUUAUUGAUUGUGUCUAGGGAGUUUGUGGGAUUUUGGAGUAGUAUUUUGUAUAUUGCGGAUACCAUCCCUUUACCGUGUCCCUUUGUUGUUAGGAGGAGGUUUUCGAAGGUUUUCAGGGGCCUAGUUGCUGCUGAUUUUACUACUGGAUUGUUUAAGAGGGCAAAGAUGUUUGUUCUUUUGAGUUACUGGACCUACUGAGCUUGAUUAUGUUCCAGAGAUGGGUCAGUCUCCACAAACUCCAUCAGAAGAUCUCAGUGAUCAAGGUGGAGCAAAAGGAAUCGGGCAGCCCUGCCUUCUUUCCUGAAAGUCAGCCAACAAGUUUCCUUAAAUAAUAGUCAUAACUAAUUUGGAGUGUGAUAAAAAUGCCAGCUCUUAAAUGCAAAGGAUGCUGUUACCAGGGUCUCAUGAAGGGACCAACCUUAUGAUUAACUCUCACUGAAAUUCUCUCCUAACUGUGUGUCUGGCCACAGGUGCCAGACAAGAAGCUGAAGUUGGUGAUGGCUGACAAGGACCUGUACAAAGCAUGUGCCGUGGAGGUGAAGCGUCAGAUUUGGCAGGAUAACCAGGCCCUGUUCGGUGACGAGGUGUCCCCUCUGCUGAAGCAGUACAUCCUGGAGAAGGAGAAUGCCUUGUUCAGCUGUGACCUCUCUGUCCUGCACAACUUCUUCAGCCCUACUCCCAAAAUGAGGCGCCAAGGCGAGGUGAAGUCCAAGCACCCAGCGCAUUGAUUUGAGCAUUGAGGCUGGGAGUGGGAAACUGGGUUCUUUUAAUAAAUCGGGGGUGGGGAAACCUUUUUCAGCUCAUGGGCCAAAUACUCUUGUAGGUAGCCUUCUGGGGGCCACGUGCUAGUGGUGGGCAGGGAAAGAGGCAAAAGUGGGUGGAGCAAUGAAUUUUACCUUUCCACAGUAGGUUUGUUUCUGUUCACACACUCACACCCCAGCUCUGUCCUCCAUCCGUGCAAGCAAAAGGCUAUAUCGGAGUUCAGAGACGCAUUCCAGCCAAGUAGAAGCGCUCAAGGGUGCAAAGCAGGGCCCCGUUGAAGGGUGUGGUCUGGGGAGAGGGGCAUGGCUGGUAUCUGUGUGGCCUGGAGAGAGUCCUGAGGACCAGAUAGAGCUUAGAGCUGCAUUUGGCCCCGGGUGUUCCCCAGCCCUGUAAUAACUGGUGAGCCCUAGUAUCAGACUCAAGAUUUGAAAGAUCAAAUAUCAAUCCCUUCGACCUCAAGACUCCCUGAGUGACUCUCAGCCAGUUCCUAUUUCACUUAGGCUACCCUCCCUCUUAGGGUUGUUGAUAAAAUGCAGUGAGGGGAGGUUAUAUAUGCUGCUGUGAUGUUAUUGAGUUAGAUUAGAAGGAUGGCCUGUUAAAAAUUAAAUGAAUAAUUUGUGCUGUGCUCUGAAGCUUGCAGAGUGAUGUGGGGGCCAAAUCUCAAAAAGUGUGAUAUAGAGGAUUAGAGCACUAGACAAGGAUUGGGGAGAGACCUGGGUUCAAAUUCCCUACUGAGAGAGAACCUAAAUGACUCAAAGUUUCUGCCCUGAUUUUAUGCCCCGGUGUUCCCCAUUAGAACGUUUGGGUGAUGCUCCAGCCUCAGGUUUCUUUUCUGUCUUUGGGAUUGAAGGUGGUCCAGAAGCUCACCCAAAUGAUUGGGAAGAAUGUGAAACUCUACGACAUGGUGCUGCAGUUCCUGCGGACCUUGUUCCUGAGGACACGCAAUGUCCAUUACUGCACGUUGCGGGCAGAGCUCUUGAUGUCCCUGCAUGACCUAGAUAUCAGCGAGAUCUGCUCGGUUGACCCCUGUCACAAGGUAUGGGUGCAAGGACUCGGGUGCGUGCAGUUGUGGGGGGUGCCCCCAGUUAGAAACAAGACCUCUCAACUCCUUCUUGUCUUUUCAGAGGGGUGGAGCAAUUCCCCAAGGAGGCAAUGUUACAAUAGGCCAAUACAGACAGUUCACAACACAUCUUUCCACAGUGGUUAAUUGAUGUCUGAUUUCCCACAGUUUAUAUGAUUCUAUGCAUUACUGUUGAAAACCAUGUUGAUAUUUUUUAAUGGAAGAGUACAUAAAUACUUUUAUAAACAAUAAAUAAAUAAAUUUGGGGCUUUUUUAGUUCAGAGAAAAGACAAGCGACCUGCUGUGAGACCCCACAGCUAAUUCUCCCCUGGUCUCCUCGCUGGCCCAAGUAGGACCAAUUCAGCCAGCCAUUCAUUUUUGAAUGUUAUUGUUCAUGUUUUUAUACUGUAUUUUAUGCUGCUUUUAUAAUUGUUUUAAAUGUGUUGUUAGUCACCCUGAGCCCGGUUUUUGAACCGGCAAGGGCGGGGUAUAAAUAAGAAUUUAUUAUUAUUAUUAUUAUUACAGUGGUACCUCGCAAGACGAAUGCCUCGCAAGACAAAAAACUCGCUAGACGAAAGGGUUUUUUGUUUUUUGAGCUGCUUCGCAAGACGAUUUUCCCUAUGGGCUUGCUUCGCAAGACGGAAACGUCUUGCAAGUUUGUUUCCUUUUUCUUAACACCAUUAAUACAGUUGCGACUUGACUUCGAGGAGCAACUCAUAGCACGCGGCGUGGUAGCCUUUUUUGAGGUUUUUAAAGACUUUGGUGGUUUUUGAAGCUUUUCCAAAACUUUCCCGACACCGUGCUUCGCAAGACGAAAAUAAUCGCAAGACGACAAAACUCGCGGAACGAAUUAAUUUCGUCUUGCGAGGCACCACUGUAUUAAGUAAGAGGCAAUGUAUUGGAAAUAGAUGGUUGUUUUUUAAAAUGCACAGUAUGGAGAAAUAGAAAAUUUCAGAGGCCUUGUGGGCACCUGGGAGAGAUCUUGAGAAGGCCACCAUGCUCAAUGGCACCACAUGUUGGCACCCCCGUUCCACAACCUUGCUGCAAUGGUCUCUUGUCUGUUCCUUAGGAAAGGAAAUUAAUCUUUGUGUUCUCUAAGGGUGAGUGUCCCCACAGAGUGCGCUAAACCUUUUGCUUCUUUGGCAGUUCACCUGGUGCCUGGAUGCCUGCAUUAGAGAGAGGUUUGUGGACAACAAGAGGGCCAGAGAGCUGCAAGGCUUCCUCGAUGGAGUGAAGAAAGGGCAAGAGCAAGUCCUGGGGUGAGUUGUUGCAAAUCAGGUGGUCCAGCCUUGCUUUUUUUGCUGUACAGAGUGUCACUCCAUUUUCAUAGAGAGUGGGGAAAACUCAUUUAAUUAGCACCAACAGAUUUCAUAGUGUGGGUUCACCAGGUUUUGAGUUACGCACACGAAUCUGAGACUGGGUGUUAAAGGAAUUAAUAUUUUGAAAAGGGUUGUGGUAGGAGCGGAAAUAUUCGUGAGGGGAAGGCGCAAUGUUCCACCACCUGUUUUGAUAGUAAUGUGUUUUUGGAAAGGGGAACUUGUGACUCCUUCAGAUAUUCCUGGACUAUUACUAAUGUACUGUCUGCCCUUCACCAACAAAUCCCAGGUCAGGUUACAACAAUUUAAAAUUCAGAAUAAAAAAUGGUUAUAACAGAUUUACAGCCACAGGAAUAUUGGGGUGUGUGUGUGUGUGUGGAAAAAAACACAUCUUGUGUGUCAAAGGCCAGGAUAAAGAGGUGCAAAAUUUGAUAGCCAAGUUGCUCACCUGGGCAAAAUGAGUUGAGCUUAUAACACCCAUCCUGGCCUGAUUGCACUGGCUGCCAAUUAGUUUCCAGGUCUAAUUCCAGGCUCAGGAUCCCAAUACCUUAAGGACCUCCUCUCCCCCUACAAACUGACUCAGACCCCACGCUUGUCUUCCAAGGCCCUUCUCUGUGUGUGUAUUCUUCUUCUUCUUCUUCUUCUUCUUCUUCUUCUUAUUCUGUGUAAUUAUGUUUUUAAUGUUGUAUGUUACCCCGGGAUCUUCGGAUAAAGGGUGGUACAUAAAUUGAACAAAUAAUACAUAAUAAUCUUCAGCAUUUGCCAGAAGUUGUAUGAUGAAGGUACCAGCUGCACCUCUGUGGGGAGGGAGUUCCAUAACGUACGGGCUGCCGUAAUGAUGCCCUCCCCUGGGCCACCACCCUAAACUACCCUUAGUUUUAAAAAUACUUUUAUUAAUAUUAUAGUAUUAUACUUGGUAGCCAAGAUACAUCAAGCCAGCUUGUUUGUCAAGAAAAAAAGAAAUCAAGUAGUUAGGGAAAGGAAAAGGAAAAUGACAUUUGAAGGAGAAAAGGGGCAGCAUAGCAAAAUCUUCUGAGAGAGGUUGAACUACCAAGAGGCCUCCCUCUGCUGAACUUAACAUCCUAAAGACUACAACUCCCAUCAUCCCUGCCCACUGGCCAUGCUGGCUGAGGCUGAUGGGAGUAGGAGUCCUACCACAUCUUCAAGGCCACCACUGUUAUAGAGGAGUUGUGUUUGAGCUGUAUUUAUUGAAUUUAUAUACCUCCCGAUACCUGAAGGUCUCAGGGUGAUUCACAGAACAAAAUCAUAAUAUAAAACCACAAAAUAUAUAAUCAAAAACAAUAACACUCCCCCCCCCCCGAAAAAACCCACGUUUUAAAAGGGCAUAGGAUGUCAAUCAGAUCAGCCAAAGGUCUGGUUAAAAAGGAAUGUUUUUGCCUGGUGCCUAAAGGUGUAUAAUGAAGGCGCCAGGCAAACUUCCCUGGGGAGAGCAUUCCACAGAUGGGGAGCCACUGCAGAGAAGGCCUGUUCUUGUGUUGCCACCCUCCGGACCUCUUGAGGAGGAGGCACAUGACGAAGGGCCUCAGAAGAUGAUCUCAGGGUCUGGGUAGGUUCAUAUGGGAAGAGGUGGUCCUUGAACUAUUGCAGUCCUGAGCCAUUUAAGGCUUUAUAGGUCAAAACCAACACUUUGAAUUGGGCCCAGAAACUAAUUGGUAGCCAGUGCAGUCGGACCCGGAUCUGUGUAAUAUCCUCAAACCGUCUUGCUCUGGUAUGCAACUUGGUUGCUGAAUUCUGCGCUACCUGAAGUUUCUGAACUGUCUUCAGAGGCAGCCCUACGUAUAACGCAUUGCAGCAAUCUAACCUGUAGGCCUUUAGCCAAAGAUCAUUGAUUGCCCAUAAGUAGGCUGGCUCUGAGAAGCCAGCAAAGCAUCUCUUUUUAGAAAGCUCAUUUACAUGUGAUUAAAAAGUGUCCUUUUAGCUAAGAGUCUGAGAACUCCCAGUUGCAAUACCUGUUUAAUUAAAUGGAAGGUACGCCUGGUAACAUUCACAUUUACAGACAGAUCUUCCUCCAUAUUUUCAAAGGCUACAUAUGUAGAUGGCUACAAUAAUAUCAUUAUUAUUUGACAGGCUUUCUGGCUUUCAAAAGGAGCCAGAAUAAUUUUGUGUGAGCAAACCUAUUUCAGUUGUGGGCCUAUGUGUUUGAUGUUCUGUUACUUUCUGUCCACCUUACCCCAACAGGGAUUUAUCCAUGAUACUGUGUGAUCCAUUUGCCAUCAACACCUUGGCUCUGAGCACGAUCCGCCACCUGCAAGAACUGAUUGGGCAGGAUAUGUUACCCAGGGUGAGUGAGACAUUGAUGGUCUCCCAGAUAGUCAGCAACUGAAGGCCCCAGGAUCACAUCUCCACCCCCCACCCCCCACAAGAGAGUACCAUUCCAUCCUCCCCAGCUGCCAGGAGAAAUGUGCAGAAGACUUGUAUAGCAGUCUGUAGUCAGAAUGGGGAUCUGGCCUGAUUGACCACUGUGUGAUACAGGAUGCUGGACUAUAUGGGAACAUAGGAAGCUGCCUUAUUGGUCCAUCUAGCUCAGUGUUUGCCUACACUGGCUGGCAGCUGCUCUCCAGGAUUUCAGGCUGAGGACAUUUCCAGCCCUACCUGAAGGUGCCUUAGAUUGAGCCUAGGACCUUCUGCGUACAUGAAAGAUGCUCUUCCCUUCCAACAAUAAAGCCUUUGAUCUGAUAUCCUGCAGGACUCUAAAAGUUCUUUGGAAUUUGAAAAGGGUGAUGAUGAGUUACUUUGCUUUUCUUGAAUUUUCAGGAAAGCCCUGAUCUUCUGCUUCUCCUGAGGAUGUUGACACUGGGACAGGGAGCCUGGGACAUGAUUGACAGUCAGAUCUUUAAGGAACCCAGAAUGGUAAGAGUGCCCGUGUGCAUCACUUUGAGCUGCCUAAGAUCUAAUUCUCGCUUAGAGUGUCACGCUGUAGAAUAGCUGGACCACUCCAGACAGGUAUGGCUGCGAGUGCUUCUCCCAGGUCUGGGCUGGACAUCAGUAAUGAUUGCGUAGGCCAGAGACAGGAGAUGUGGUUGUGUACAAGCUGGAGGUACAGCACUAGAUUGGAGAGACAGGGCAGGUAGCAAGGGAAAUCAGGAGGGAGAAGAGAGAAUCUACAUAGGAGCAGAGGAAGUGGCCCAUUUAGCUCAGUAUUGUCUGUACUGACUGGCAGUGGUUCUCCAGGGUUUAAGAUGAGGGAUACUCCUACAUGGAGAUGCCAGGGAUUGAACCUGGGACCUUCUGCAUUCAAAGCAGGUGCUCUGCCACUGAGCCACAGCCGUUCCCCACGUGACACUUCUGCAUGGCUUCUAAAUGAGAAAAGUUGCUCAGAGUGGCAGCCCAGACUUAGCAAAUCUGCUUUACAGGGCCUGUUGCUUCUCCAUCAGUUUGGAAGGUCAUCUGUUUUCAGGCUGUAGAACAGGGGUUGGGAACCUGUGAUCCAGAUGCUGAACUACAGUUUCCAUCAUCCUGGACCAUAAGCCAUGCUGACUGAUGGGAGUUAAGGGUCCCACAGUAUCUGGAAACCCACAGGUUCUUCCCGUCCCUGCCUUCCAUUUUCUGACCAUUGACCCUCACUUUCCUUCUCUGCUCCUCAGGAAGUAGACUUGAUUACCAGGUUCCUACCACUGUUGAUGUCUUUCGUGGUGGAUGACCACACGUUCACCGUUGACCAGAAGCUGCCUUUGGAAGACAAGGGCCCAGCAACUUACCCCACCACAAUCCCAGAUUUAUUUCCCAAGUGAGUCAUAUCGAACACUGAAGCGUCUUGCCAUUUAAGUCCUCUUUGCGAGCAAAGCAGUGGAGGUGUGUCCAAAAAGACCCAUAAGGAAGGGAACUAACUCCGUGGCCAGAGAAAGUGGAGAGCUAUUGGGGGGGGGGGGGAGAGACCAUAACAGGUUGAAGUAAUCUGUUUCCUGUCGCUCUAGCCAGAAGAGAGCUUUAGGCUCCAUCCCACCUCCAGGGAUGGCUCCCUCCACAUUUGAGGAAGCUGUGGCCUCUAGUGCUGGACUCAUUCACUAGAGAUUUUUAACUAGAGGUUGGCUGGCCAUCUGUUAGGGAUGUUUUCACUGUGAUUCCUGCAAUCCAACUCUGCAAUUAUAUGAUUCUAUUAAUCUAACAUGUAAGUGCAGCCAGUGCUUCCUUCAGUUGGCUGGGCUUGGAAUCUCUGGCUUGCAUCUGAGUUAAUCUUCCCAAUUGUUUUCAAGGGCAUCUACUCUGAGUAGGACCAGCAUGGGACACCACCAGUUCUCUCUUAAACUCCAAAGAUGUUUGUAACUAGAGCAAUGAAAGUUUGAAUUCAAUUCACUCUGUUCAUUCCUGGAAAUAGUGGGGAGCGGCAGCUUAAAACCCUUUUGCACCCUAGAUUUCUGCAAGAGCACCGGAUCGCCUGCGAGAUUGGGCUCUACUACGUGCUUCACAUCACUAAGCAGAGGAACAAGAAUGCUCUUCUCCGGAUGCUCCCCGCCCUUGGUAAGUUGCCCUUCCAAAGGAUCAGCCGUUCUGCCCAGACACUUCGGUCCAGUGCCAAGUGCCAAACUUUUAGAAGACAUCUAAAAGCAGCCCUGUUUAUGGAAGCUUUUAAUGUUUAAUAGGUUAUUGUAUUUUAGUGUUCUGCUGGAAGCUGCCCAGAGUGGCUGGGAAAACCCAGCCAGAUGGGUGGGGUAUAAAUAAUUAUUUAUUAUUAUUAUUUAUUAUUAUUAUUAUUACUACUAUUAUCUCCCUCCUUUGUUUCCCAAACAGUUGCCUGCAGAGCCGAGCGAUAUUGCCAACUCAGUUUUACUUGGAGUAGAACGCCCCCCCCACCCCACGGUGAAUGGGUCUGAGUUAGUCACAUCCAUUAAGUUCAGUGUGUCUGUUCUGAGUAGGAUUAGAUUUUGGCUACAACCCAGAACAACCAGAUACAAGAGAGCUAGCAUGCAGUCUCAGAGUUGGUUGCAUACGGCUCAGUACAACUUAGACCAUGUCACACAUAAAGAGAGGGAUCCUGCCUUAGUCCUUCUGUGUGCAGGGUGGAUGCUUCGGCCCUUCCCUGAUCUGCCUGGGAGAAAGGUGGGAUAGAAAUGUGCCUGGUAAAAAGGAUUGCCUCUCAGGAUCACCUGGGGAUUCUCUGUUGCUGCUUUGGUCCUGCAGGGGAGACAUUCAAUGAUCUGGCCUUCAGUGACAUCUUCCUGCACCUGUUCACCAGCAACCUCACACUCCUCAGCGAUGAGUUCACUCAAGAGGAGUUCUGCACUAGCCUUUUUGAUGACUUCUUCCUCCCCACCUGCUUGAGGUACUGUCCUUUUCUGAAACAGGCUCACAUGGCUCUCAGUCAGAGAAUUGGCAGGCAGUGGCCUUCCUGUUAGGCUGGUGCUGUCAUUGAACUGGGCUGUAUUCAAUCUACUGUUUAUAAUGCCCGCUAAAAGCUUUUGUUUGUUUAUCCAGGCAAGCCUACCUGAUUAUGCCAUUUUGUUGGGAAGUUUUGUUUAUUUUAAAAACUGCGAUUGUAUCUAUUUUUUCAUAAAUGUUAUCUACCUUUUAAAAAAAGGUUCAUUAGUAUUUUUUUAAGAAUGUUCUUUAUUUUUGCUUGCAAGCCAUUUUAGAGGGCUUUGGGUUUGACCAGCCCCCUCCACAAUAAGGGCCACCUGCUCCCCACUACAGCAAUGUACCCGGAGGGAACAGAUGGGGAGUGGACUGCCCAACCCCCAGCCAAGAGUCCUUCAGCUCUAGGCUUUUCAUCUCUUCUGCUACUUAACAGGAAGGAGAAUGUACACAGACACGUGCUGAGGCUCCUGCUUCACCUCCACCACAAGGUGGCACCUGCCAAGUUGGAGUCCCUGCAGAAGGCACUGGAGCCUCCCAAGCAGGUAAAGUGGUGGGUGGGAGAUGGGGUGAACACAAGCACCACAGUCAUUUGUUUUGCCCUGAAUGAUUUUCUUGGAAGGCACAUUAUGCUUUGAACCGGAAGCCAUAUCUGGAUUUGUACACAUGGACACAGACACUUCUGGUGGGGAACCUCAGAUCCCACCCUGGGAGCUAAUGUGGCGUUCCAGGUGUUUCUAUAUGGGCCUCGCAACUAUCACCAGCCACACCGUUCACUCAUCCUGCUUUGUACCUGAACGGGGUGAGACCUUUGGUGUAGAGGUAGCUGUUACCUUGGAAGAAUCUGAGACUGGUGGGAGGUGGGUUCUGAAUCCAGGAGGUACCACUUCAGGCUACCUGAUUGGCAAGCUCAAGCUUUGCAUUGUAGCCUGCAUUUAUUGCCAGUGGAGCUUCCUGUCUUGGAUGGUCACUCCUCUGUGUCAGAUCUAGCUCAGUAUUGUCUUCCCGGACUGACGGUGGCUCCCCAGGGUUCCAGAUAGGGAGUCUUUCCCAGCCCUACCUGGAGAUGCCAGGGAUUGAACCUGGGAACUUCUGCAUGAAGCAAAUGCUGUACCACUAAGGACACGGUGCAAUCCAUACCACAUAUACUUGAGAGUGAGGGAAUGGUGCAGUCUUUCGGGCCAUAGAGUUCAAAACCUAAAUUCAAGGCCACCUGCCUUAAUGGAGGAUACAGAGGAGCGGGGGAAGGAUGCAGAGGAAAUAGCCUCAUGUACAAAGGUGAAAUUUGCAUUCAUUCAGUGCCCCCGAUCCAUAGGUUCCCCCACUCCUGAAGGAGAGUUUCGUUGACUGUCAGACGUACCAUUCUCUCCUCGGCUCUGUUUCCAGAUCCUCCUCCAUUGGUGCCAUUUGCUUUAUUCAUAAUUUUGCACGGGCCCCCGGCUCAACAACUAAACACAGCUGAUGGAUAAACACACCUUUCAAAGUGUGUGUGUAUAUGUGUGUUUAAACAGACAGCCUACAAGAAAUAGUGAAAAGAAAUGCUAGUAACAGCUAGAGUGUGAUUUAACAGCUUCAGGUUUUGAGGUUUCUUCACCUUUGUAAAACUUGUGUUUUUGUCGGGCAGAGUGGAGAAGCCUUGAAGGAGCUUUACAACCAGCUCAUUGAAAAACUGGAACUCCGCAAGCCCAGCCCUGUCCAAGGCGCCGCCGAAACCCCAACUGUGGACUUGCCCCUGCCAGCAGCGGCCCCACCACCCUCACUCUAGUCUGGGCUUCCCCAGAGCCUAUAGGUCAAAGUUUAUUGUGUUGAUCUCCUAGCAGAGACCAGACCCACGUCUUGAUGCUUAAAACACUCCAUUCAUAAUCUUUUGCCUGUUUUUUGGACUGGGGUUGCCAAAUCUCAUCUGGCCUGUUGCCCUAGAAGACAGCUCUGCCCUCAAGAUUUGCCUUCUGGGGCAAAUUUGGUACAGCUGUCCUUACUUGAUUUGUAAACUGCUUUGGGGGGGGGUAUAAAAAAUAAAUAUAAUAGCUGUAAUAAUAAUAAUGGAUUUGGUAUUAUGGGGAGAGAAAACUGACCAUGUAUGUAUUUUUUUGUAUUUUUUUUUAGAUGUUUGCAUAUAGAAGCCUUGUAAUUUAAUGGGAAUGAAUUAUUUGUGAAGCUUGGCUUCUCUUUUUUUUAUUAAAUAUUUUCUUGGUUUACA